AAAACAAAGUACAGACCGAAGACAGGGAACCAUGAUGGACCGCAGCCACCCUGAGCUACAGCACCUUGGGAAGUCGCGAGUGCCUUCCAUUCUUCGAUUAGCCGAUGGUAGCCUUGAUCCUUCUUCGCAGGUCGAUUUACAAGCAAAUGAAACUAUGGCAGGAGCAGAGAAUACCUUACCUUACUAGACAGAGUUGAUCUCUCCGUCUCGGGUGAACGCUGAGUUCAACCUCCGACACCAUGUUACAUCGACUCAAGCACUAACCAGCUCACAUUCAUCGCAUACCGCAUCGCCAACGCACAUCUGUUACUGCGGCUUGACUGUAUAAUCUAAUACAGCAACCCAACCCUGCAUCCGUCAUCUGGUCGUACGCCAAAAUCCCAGUCGUGUCGGCUUUCACGCUCUUACUUCAUCAUUAACCCUCCUUGGUCGGCAACCAUGGUCCGAGCGACUUGCUCGUCUGCUGGGGACAAACCAAUAUCCUGGACCAACGAGGCCUGGAACGGCGAUCCCAGCGGGGAGGUCACCCUCGAAUUCGAAGGCUACACUUGGGCAGUCAAAAGAGACGUCGUGGUGGCGCAAUUCCCGUGGAUUAAGGCCGCCAUGGCCACGACAAAGCCGGGCUGCCAAGUUGUUGUCCACCCUUGCGCCUUCAUGGGCAUCUGCCCGAGACUCUUCUCCGCGCUGCUACAAUACCUCCACACAAACGAACUACCAAGCAAUCUAUGGGAAGACCAGCCGUCCUUCCUUACCUUCGUCAACAUGUACUACGUCGCCGAACGCUUCGGCAUGACCCGGCUCAAGCUGAGCAUGAUCAAGUGCGUCGACCGGCUCGCCCGACAUGUCCUGUCGCUGCCCGAACACCACUGCUCGCACUGCCCGCUCGCGCAGCAGGCGGACCCGGACUGGGAGGAGCGGCAGCACCUGGCGUCGUUGCUCCGUGCCGUCCUCGUCGUCGAGGAGCAGCCCUGGAGCGCCAAGAUGAUCAAGGCUGUAUACGACGCGGGCGAUCGCAUGAAGAUACGGCUGAUGCGGCUUCCCGAGUUCUGCGACUUUGUGGAGCGGUUCGCAGUGGGCAAUAACUUUGCGAGGGCGAUUGGGAUGCAUCGGCUGUAAAGUGUCGGCGUGGUACAUGGAGGCGGUGGGUUGCCGAGCAGUGUU